CUGCUGUACCCCGUCGGGUAUUGGCACCCCGCGGCGCAGCAGCGGAUGUACGGUGGCAUGCUGACGAACAUGAGGGGCAGCCACGUGUACUGGUGCGUGUUCCAGCUGUCGGUGCUGUGCGUGGUGGGCCUGGUUGCGGCUGUGCACUCGCCCGUGGGAGGCUGCCACGUUCAGUACUUCUGCAUGGCGGCUGUACUGCUUGCGGGCGCGGGCGUGGUUGCCUUCACGAACAUGAUGCGCUCGGCCUUUCUGACGGUGAUGCAGACUGCGAGCUUUGUGCUCCUUGCGGCGCUGUGCCUGGUGAGCGCGGCCAAACAUCUUGCGCCGAGCGACGGCGGUGCGAGGGCGUACGUGGCUAUCGUGCUGCUGCUGACGACUGUGCUGCUUGCGGCCACUGUGUACAGCGUCGUUGUGUGGUACGCGGAGGACCGCCACUGGCAGGAGCUGCGCGAGCCGCGGCGUGGUGGGCUGGAGGCGCUGCUGUGCGAUGACGAGCAUGGCGACGAAGAGACGCAGAAGCCGCAGGACGUGACGUCAUCGUCGCACGCCUCAGGCACCACCGUUGCGUCGUCGUACCGACCACCUGCGGUGUUGUUGCAGCCCAUGGCCGGUGACACCCGCUCAGACGCCUUGAGCCUGUUCGACCGCGCAUCCAAUGCAGGAUGCAAGGUUGAUUGUUUCACGCCGGAGAAGUACUGA